GUUUGAAUGAGAUAUUUCGAGUGCCAGACAAAUCUUAAACAUUUCUGUUUUAGCAUAUGAGCUCUACCAAGCGAUGAGAUACACUAAUAUUUCAUCGAGAUUCAUCAAUAUAGCAAAAAGCAAGAACUUGUUAGCGACGGAAGUGCUUCCCCAAGGAUAUUAUGGUAGAACAGCGUGCAUUUUCGAUUACAGCUGCAACGAAUCUUUGGUUGUUUUGCAGAAGUUUUCAGUAAAUAGGUACUUCAACAUUACCUACAGUUGGUUGUUUCUGAGCAUUGAUAAUUCGAUAAUUGAUGAAAAAGAAAUUCUUCAUAAGCUAGAUGCCAUACAAAUGAAUUCUGAUGUUACCGUUGGGAAACCGAUUAUCAUGACAAAUGAAACGAACUACGAACUGGAAGAUGUUCAUACUAUAGGCAAACAUUUGUGCAAAGAUGUAUUCCAUAUCAUAUAUGGCAAAUGGAAUCCCAGUGAUGGAUUAGUAAUUGAUCGUAGUUAUAACCGUUACUAUGCGAGAGGUAACUUUGGAGGAAUACAGUUACGUGGUGCGACUAUAAUUGAUCGUGAUAACGUCACGGGAGAUGACGUGGACAAUAUUCUAUCAGUUCCUGGAAGCGAGCCAGGAAUUGUAGUUUUUGUAAAGUACCAUUACGCAUUACUAAAUUUUUUACGGAACUACCAUAACUUCACCAUAAAAUAUCGAGUGGCGCGAGGAUGGUCUGGGCGUCUUAAAAGUGGAUAUCGACUUGGAGUGGUGGGAAUUCUUGCUCGUAACGAAGCGGACGUAGCAGCCACCGGGAUAUUUCAAAGGAUAAAUCGGCAUGCGGAGUUUGAUAUCAUCCAUCAGAGUUGGGAAUUCAAAUCUGGGUUUAUCUAUCGUAUAACACCGGAAUUGACCAAUGCUGCUGGUGGUGGAGAUUUCUUCAAACCGUUCGGCAGCUCCGUUUGGAUUGCAUUAUUAUUGACCCUUCUGUUGAUAGUGAUCGUACUGAAGUUGUCCGGAACAUUGCUUUUCAAAACAUUUCAAAAUGAGCUAAAUCUUUCCUGGGCAGCAUAUAUUGCGAUCGUCGUUGGGACCUUAUCUCAACAGGGUAUUCCGGGUAUAAUUUCGCCGAGAUUUUCCCUGAAGGUUGCUUAUUCCUCAUUGCUCCUAUUGGUGUUGGUGGUCUACAACUAUUAUACGUCGGUAGUAGUGGGAGGAUUGCUCAGUUCUCCUGGCAGUGGACCGGAAACCGUAAGGGAGAUCAUCGAUAGUCCUUUGAUUGUCUCGUUUCGCGAUAUCGGCUAUCAUAAAAUAUUGUUCAGGGAAACAAAAGUUCCUAUCAUACGGGAAUUAUAUGAUAUAAAGGUUAGACCAUCACGCGAAGGUAAGGAUCUUCCCCCGGUAUACACGGAUGUUGUCACGAUUGUUCCCUUCCUCAAACGUGGCGGAUACGCUUUUCACUGUGAAAUGACGGAAGCAUUUCAAGAAAUUGCAUACGAAUUUGAUGCCAAUGACAUUUGUGAGCUGCGCACGGCAAAGGGAUUGUUCAACGAUCUGCGAUUGAUGAGUUUUGUGCUACCGAAGAGGAGUAUGUACACGGAGAUGUUUCGAAUUACCAUGAUGCGUAUUCAGGAGAUCGGAUUGGUCAAGAGAACCCUCACGAUUCACAAAAUUGAGAAACCGAUUUGUCAAUCAGGUGGAAGAGUUCAUCCGGUGGAAUUUUUCGGAGUUUCCACUGCCUUUUUUGUUUUGUGCGGUGGAAUGGUGCUGGCAACUGUAUUGCUAUUUGCAGAAAGGAUGAGUAUUCGAAAUACGAAAAAGGCCAAACACGGCAGUCCAAUGUUCAAAAAACGAAAAUGAAAGGCAACAAAUUUGAUU